AUGCUAGAGAGGAACUCCUCCGUACACAGGCAAUUUGUCACCCCGCGAAGGUCACCCAGGUUCCUCCCCCAACAAAACAACACCACUCCCAACCCCAAAUCUGCCAAACACACCGUUUCCAAAAAGGAAUCCAAUGAGUUUACGGUGGGGCCGAGAAGGUCUUCGCGGCUGAACAAUGGGGACGUUGGGUUUUCAUCUCUUAGACGAUCUCCCAGGUUCAACAACGAGUCAAGCGGUAAGAAAGUGAAGAACACGAGUGUGAAGGGUGGUGACGCUGAAACGAAGGAAAAUUGUGUCGUUUCAGAUGAGGGGUUCGGUGGAGGAAGAAAGAAAGAGAGAAAGGAGAAGAGGGCUGAAGUUAAAAAGCAAAAAAAUCAUGUCGUUUCAGAUGAAGGGAUUGGUGGGGGUGCAAAGAAGGGGGGUGAUGGGAAGAAGGUUGAAGUUGAAAUUACCAGAAAUGGUGUCGUUUCGAAUGGGGGUGCUGGUGGAGGAAGACGUAAGGGUGGAAAUGGAGAGAUCGUUGAAGUUAAAACAAAAGAAAAUCGUGUUGUUUGUGAUAAGGAUUUUGAUGGAGAAAGAAAGAAGAUUGAAGAUGGAGACAAGAGAAAGCGCAAAGGCGAUGAAGUUAGGGAAGGGUGGACGAAGGAACAAGAUUUAGCUCUUCAGAGAGCGUAUCUCAUGGCAAAGCCUAGCCCCCAUUUCUGGAAGAACGUUUCCAAACUGGUAUGCAUCCUUCUCUCUCGGUAUGCAGUUGUAAAUAUUGACUUUUGGUUUGACUUCAACAUGGAACAAACUGACAGUUAUCAGGUGCCUGGAAAGUCUCAACAGGAAUGCUUUGAUAGAAUUCACUUUGACCAUGUGACUCCACUUCAACCACAGCCUCGAUCAAGGGCAAAGACAUUGAAGUCAUCACCCAUUCACGAUUUUUCUUUAUCUGAAAGUAAACUUCUCAACCCUAUUGAUACAACAGUUCGAAGAUUAAAUGUUCUAAAACCAAAGAACAUUAUUACCCAGAAGUCAGUUGAAAAGCUGUUACAAUGGCAUCUUGAAGGUGAUCUAGACCGUGAAGGGGACAUAUUUUCUGUUCUUGAACCGAACAUAGAUUUCUCCACUAAUGCUUCCCAGCCUAGUGAAGCUCUUUCUACUCCAAAGCAGCUAAAGGAAAACAAAGGGUGCCUGCAAAGUUGUACCGAAACAUCAUCUUCAAGUGGUAAGAAGCCACUUUCAAGAUUUAGUGGCUCGCACAUUACAGAUCUUGUUAGUCCUCCUGUACUAAAGAAAGUAAAGAACAGGGUAUUGCAUGAGAAAUAUGUCAAUCAAUUGCGCUGUAGGGAAUCUAGGAGAAGAGCAGCCUCUAUGAAGAUAAUUGGUGAAGGAGGAAGCACUAAGAAAAAGGAUGCAGUUAAAGCUGCAAAAGUUGCAUUGGUUUCUGAAGCUAGAGAUGCUAUCAAUAAAUUUCGAGAGUCGCAAGUCAAUUUCAUGGACAACGCCUUUACUUCUGAUGGAGAUAACGAUGAUAACAUUGAAUUUGAAGAUGAACGAACAGGUGCUUAUGGAAGUGUGUACAAGGCACAACUUCCCAGUGGCAGAAUUGUUGCACUGAAAAAGCUUCACAAAGCAGAAUCUGAAAAUCCAUCCUUUUACAAGAGCUUUUGCAACGAGACCCAGAUCUUGACAGAAAUUCGCCAUCGUAACAUCAUUAAGCUUUAUGGCUUUUGUUUGCAUAACAAGUGUAUGUUUUUGGUGUAUGAGUAUAUGGAAAGGGGAAGCUUGUUUUGCAACUUGUCUUAUGAUGUGGAAGCUCAAGAGCUGAAUUGGAGAAAGAGGAUAAAUAUUGUUAAAGGGAUAGCCUAUGGCUUGGAGUUCAGGAUGAUCGAUCAGAAUACAUUUAUGACCGAUCAGAGUAAGAUAUGA